UUGGGUGCAGUCGUCACUCCCGUCUGGGUACCAGCUCACGCUGCCCUGCGCACGGCGGGCUGGCAUCGGGCCCGGGGAAAGCGGGGCAGGUCCAAAGAUCUCAUGAGUUUAUGGAUCUGCUUUAGGUUGUAUCACCAAUCAAGAGAAGGAAAGAGGAGGGAACUUUCUUGGAUCAUUACAGGUCCACCUCCAGUGGCAGCUAUAGUGGCCUAUGAGUGGCUGAAGAUCAGCACCCACACAGGCCUACACCCAGACCUACCACCCUCUUUCCUCGGCCUGAGUGAGCCCUCUCUGUACCUUGUUUGUGCCUUCGACAGGGGUGAUUACAUGGGCCGCAUUCAGGAAGUGGGCUGGGCGACUGCAGGACUGGUAAUCUGGGCUGGCACCUGCUACUACAUUUACAGAUUAACCAAGGGAAGAGCCCAGAGUGUGAGGAGACUGGCCAGUAAUGGGUCCAGAGUCAAGAUGGAGACUGUGGUUGGAGUACAGAACCAAACCUUGGCCAUGAGUGAAGCCAUGGCUGGGGCAGAGUUUGAGUCUAGACCCAAGGCCAAGACUGGAGCAGAAACUAGAGCAAGAGAUGGGGCUGGGGCUGAAGUAGAGACCAAGGCUGCUGCUAUAGCCGAAUCCAAGGCCAACUCCCAAAUCAAAGCAAUGGCUGGUGAAGAGGCCCAAUCUGAGACCAAAGCAGUGGCUGGAACAGUGGUCAAGACAGAGGCAGUGACCCUGACUGAGGCCAAGGCCAAAGAUAAGGAAGUGGCCAAGAAACAGGCAGUGACCCAAACUGAGGCUGAGGCUAAGAGAGUAGUUAAGAAAGAGGCAGUAACCCAGACCAAGGCUAAAGCUUGCGCACUGGCUGCCAGGACAGAAGCCAGUAAAGAAGCAAUGCCACAGAUCAAAGCUGAAGCUCAUAUAUUGGCUGAAAAAGAGACAGAGAUUAACAGAGUAAUGGUGACACAGACUGAGGCCUUGGCAGUGACCAGGGAAGUGGCCAAAUCAGCUGUGAAAAAGACUGGAGUUGUGACUCAAAGCAAAGCAAGAGCCCUGGAAGAGACUGUGAGUGUGGCCAAGAAUAAGUCUGAGGCCAGACCUGGUGCCACAGUUGAUACUAGAGGAAAUCCUAAUGCCAUGUCUAGGGAAGCAGCUGGAAUGGACAUGGGGUCCUGUGCACAAUCUCAGCCUGUGGCAAAGAUGCAGGUUGAGGACAUGCCUGGUGCUGAAGUUGAAGCCAGGGGGAUUUGCAAAACCAUGUCUAGGGCAGGGUCUGGGGCGGACAUGAAGGCUUCUGCUCAGCCUCAGAUUGUUUCCAAGGCCCCAGCUGAUGCCAUGCCUGGGGCAAGGGUUGAUGCUGGGGGUAAUACCAAUGUCAUAUGUAAGGCAGGGGCUGGGCCAGAUAUGGCAACUUGUACACAGCCUCCGACUGUGGCCAAGAAACAGGCUGAGGCUACAUCUGGUGCCACGGUUGAUAGCAGGGGAGAGCCCAAUGACAUGUCUAGAGCAAUGACUGGAACUGACAUGAGGGCUGCUGCUCAGUCUCAGGCUGUAACCAGUGCUCAGACUGAUGCCAAGACUGAUGCCAGGCUUAAGGUCAGAGGCAUGCCCAAUGACAUGUCUAAAGCAGGAGCCAGGGAAAACCUGAGGACCAAUGUCCAGACUGAGACCUUGCCUGAUGCCAAAGUUAAGGCCAGAGGUAAUCCCAAUGCUGUGUCUAAGGCAAGAGCUGGAACAGAAAUGAUGUCUAGUAAACAGCCUCAGCCUGUGGCCAGUGUCCAGGCUGAUGUGUUAUUUGAUGGCAGAAUUAUGUCUAGGGGUAAUACCAAUGCUAUGCUUAAGGAAGGGCCUGGGACAGACAUGAAGCCACAGUCUCAGGCUCUGACUAAGAGCCAGGUUGAGAUCUUACCUAGUACUAGAGGUAAGGGGAAGAGCAAAGCCAAUGCCAAGGAUAAAACAGGGGUUGGGGCAGACAUGAAAGUCAGUGCACAACCUCAAGUUGGGGCCAAGGCAAAGGCUGAGGACUGGAUGGAUUCCAGAGUUGAUGGCAAGGAAGAUCCUAAUGCUAUUUCUAGGUCAGAAGCUAAAGCUGACUUAAUGGCUUGUGCUCAGCGUCAGGCUGUAGUCAGUUCCCAGGUUGAGACCUUGCCUGGUGGCAGGAAUAAGGCCAGGGGCAAGCCCAAUGCAGUGUCUAAACCAGGGGUUGGGGCAGAUACAAAGGAAUCUGUCCAGCCUCAGACUGUGGUCAGUUCCCAGGUCGAUGCCUUGCCUGGUGGCAGCAAUAAAACCAGGGGCAAUCCCAAUGUUGUGUCUAAGACAGAGGAUGGGGCAGAUAUGAGGGGCUCUGUCCAGCCACAGGCUGUGGUCAGUUCCCAGGUUGAGGCCUUGUCUGGUGGCAGCAGUAAAGCCAGGGGUAAUCCUAAUGCUGUGUCUAAACCAGGGGCCAGGGCAGAUACAGGGGACUCUGUUCAGCCCCAGGCUGUGGUCAGUUCCCAGGCCAAGGCCUUGCCUGGUGGUAGGAAUAAGGGAAGGGGCAAUCCCAAUGCUGUGUCUAAACCAGGGGCUGGGGCAGAUACAAGGGAGUCUGUCCAGCCCCAGACUGUGGUCAGUUCCCAGGUCGAGGCCUUGUCUGGUGGCAGCAGUAGAGCUGGGGGCAAUCCCAAUGUUGUGUCUAAGACAGAGGAUGGGGCAGGUAUGAGGGGCUCUGUCCAGCCCCAGGCUGUGGUCAGUUCCCAGGCCAAGGCCUUGCCUGGUGGUAGGAAUAAGGGAAGGGGUAAUCCCAAUGCUGUGUCUAAACCAGGGGCUGGGGCAGAAACAAGGGAGUCUGUCCAGCCACAGGCUGUGGUCGGUUCCCAGGUUGAGACCUUGCCCGGUGGCAGCAAUAAAACCAGGGGCAAUCCCAAUGCUGUGUCUAAGACAGAGGAUGGGGCAGACAUGAGGGGCUCUAUCCAGCCACAAGCUGUGGUCAGUUCACAGGUUGAGGCCUUGCCUGGUGGCAGCAAUAAAACUGGGGGCAAUCCCAAUGCUGUGUCUAAACCAGGGGCCAGGGCCAAUACAAGGGAGUCUGUCCAGCCACAGGCUGUGGUCAAUUCCCAGGUUGAGAACUUGCCCAGUGGCAGCAAUAAAACCAGGGGCAAUCCCAAUGCUGUGUCUAAACCAGGGGCUGGGGCAGAAGCAAGCGAGUCUGUCCAGUCACAGGCUGUUGUCAGUUCCCAGGCCAAGGCCUUGCCUGGUGGCAAGAAUAAGGCCAAAGGCAAUCUGAAUGCUGUGUCUAAACCAGGGGCUGGAGCAGAUGCAAAGGAUUCUGUCCAGCUUCAGAAUACAGUCAGUUCCCAGGUUGAGGCCUUGCCUGGUGUCAGGAAUAGGGCCAGAUGCAAUCCCAGUGCUGUGUCUAAGACAGAAACUGGAGCAGAUCCAAGGGAUUCUGUUCAGCCCCAUAUGGUGGUCAGUUCCCAGUCUGAGGCCCUGCGUGGUGCUAGGAAUAAGGUCGAGGAUAAUCUCAAUGCUGUAUCUAAGGCAGCAGUUGGGGCAGAUGCAAGAGACUCUGCUCAGCCUCAGGCUGUGGCAAAUUCCCAGGAUGCAUCCUUGUCUGGUGCCAGGAGUAAGGUCAGGGGCAGUCCCAAUGCUGUAUCUAAGGAAGGGGCAGGAGCAGAUACAAAAGACUUUACUCAGCCCCAUGCUGUGGCCAAUUUUCAGGGUGAGUCCUUGCCAGAGGCAAGGGACAAGGCUAUGCCCAGGACUGAGACAGAAGCCACAGCAGAUGUGGAGGUCUCUGCAAAGCCUGAAGCCAUGCCCAAGUCUGAGAAUGAUGGUACGGCAGGCAUUCAGACCUGCAGAGACACCCAGGGGAAGGUCCAUCACUAUUACUGGAAUGGGAUUGGUAUUGAGGACUGGAUUGCUGCUGAGAGGUGGAUCAAAUUUAGGUUUCAGGCCAGGGAUGGAUACUGGGAGAAUAGUAUGUCCUGGGCUGAGGGUGAGAAUGUAGACAGUGUUGGAUCUGGGACUAUGGCUCAUGACAAGCCCAACAUCAAUUCCUGGGGUGAGACUAGGGCUAAGAAUGAAGUUGGUAUUGGGUCUUCAGCUGGAGCUGAGCACCAGGCCACUGGAAGGUCCUGGACUAGAGUUCAGGCUAGUGAGAGGUCUUGGUCUGGGGACAAGGCCAAUGGGGGGUCCUUGGAUGGGGAAGAGGGCAUUAGAGUAAACUGGACUGGGGCUGAGAAACAAGUCAACAGGGAUUCAUGGGCUGGGUCUGAAGAACAGACCAAGCAAAAGUCCAAGGAUGGAGCUGGGAUUCAGGCUAGUGGAGGGUCAUGGGCUGGGACUAGAGCUGGGAAUAUGGCUAUUAUUGGCCAUUGGGCUGGGGCAGUGGACCAGGCCAGUGGAGCAUCCUGGGCUGCAACUGGGGAUCAGUUUGUUGUUGGGUCCAAGCCUAGAUUUGAGGAUCAAGUCAGUGGGGGAAUUGGUUGCCAGGCUGGAGCUGGUGGCCAGGACAAUGGAAAGUCUAGGUUGGGGUCCAUGGACCAGCCCAGUAGUAGGUCCUGGUCUGCCACUGGGAAUCAGGCCAGUGGAGAGUCCUUGGUUGGGGCUGGGGGCCAAGCCAGUGAAGGGUCCUGGGCUGGGCCUGGGGAUCAGGCUAGUGGUGGGUCCAAGCCUAGAUUUGAGGAUCAGGCCGGUGGAGGAGUUGGUGGCCAGACUGGAGCUGGUAGCCAGGCUAGUGAAGUAUCUAGGUUGGGGUCCAUGGACCAGUCCAGUGGAGAGUCCUGUGUUGCCACUGCAGACAAAGCCAGUGGAGGGUCCAUGUUGGGGCAUGUGGACCAGUCCAGUGGUGAGUCUUGGGCUGGGGCUGGGCAUCAGGUCAGUGGAGGAAGGUCUUGGGUUGACACUGGGGACCAGUCUGGAGGACAGUCUAGGAUGGGGCCUACAGGUCAAUCCAGUAAUAGGCCCUGGGCUGCCACUGGAAAUCAUGCCAAUGGAGGGUCCUUGACUGGGUCUGGGGACCAAGCUGGUGGAGGUUCCCAAGCUGGGACUGGGGAUCAGUCUUGUGUUGUGUCCAAGCCUAGACAUGAGGAUCAGGCCAGUGGGGGAGUUGGUGGCCAGGCUGGAUCUAGUGGCCAGGCUGAUGGAGGGUCUCUGCUGGUGCCUAUGGACCAGUCUACGGGAUGGUCCUGGGCUGACACUGACCAAGCCAGUGGAAGACCCAGGCCAGGGCCUGUGGGCCAGUCUGGUGGUGAGUCCUGGGCUGGGGCUGGGGCUGGGGAUCAGGUCAAAGGAGGAGAGUCCUGUGUUGACACUGGGGACCAGGCUGGUGGAGGGUCUAGGCUGGGGCCUGUGGCUCAGUCCAGUAGUAGGACUUGUGCUGCCACUGGGAAUCAGCUCAGCGGAGGGUUCUUUGUUGGGACUGAGGAACAAGCCAGUGGAGAGUCCAAGCCUAGAUUUGAGGAUCAGUCCAGUGGAGGAGUUGGUGGCCAGACCAAUACAGGGUCUCUGCUGGCGUCCAUGGACCAGUCCUGUGGAGGGUCCUGGGCUGACACUGGGGAUCAGGUCAGUGGAUGGUUUUGUGCUUUCACUGAGAAUCAAGCCAGUGGAGGAGAUUCUUGGGCUGGGGCUCGUGGCCAGACUGUUGAGGGCUCUAGGGUGGGACUUACUGAUCAGUCUUAUGGUGGGUCCUGGGCUGCAACUGGGAGUCAGGUCAGUGAAGAGUCCUGGACUGGGGCUGGGGAUCAGGCUGGUGACUGUUCUAAACCUGGACUUAAGCAUCAGGCCAGUGGAGGAGGGUCCAGGCUGAGGUCUGAGGACCAGUCCAGUAGAGACUCCUGGGCAGGCACUGGGGACCAGUCUGGUGGAGGCUGUGGGCCAGGGCCUAUAUACAAGUCCUAUGGUGGGUCCUGGGCUGGGACCAGGAAUCAGGCCAAUGGAGGGACCUUGACUGGGAAUGGGGAUGAGGCUGAUGGCUGUUCCAAACCUCGAUUUGAGGAUCAAGCCAAUGGAGAAGCAUUCUGGGUUGGAUCUAGGUCUGGGAAUGAGGCCAGUGUAGAGUCCUGGGAUAAGGCUAAGGAUCAGGCCAGUAGAAGGUACUUGCCUGAGGCUGGAGACCAGACCAGUGGAGUGUUCUGGACUAGGGAUGAGGACCAGGCCAAAAGAGGGUCCCAGGUCAGGGUUGGGGAAGAGGCCAAUGAAGGAUCCUGGUUUGGGGCUGGGGAUGAUGGUAAUAUAGGGUCUUGGUUCUGGGUAGGGGAAGAAGAUAGUAAUGUGUCCAGGCCUAGAGGCAAGGAUGAGGCCAGUAUUGAAUCCAGAUCUGGGCCUGGGGAAGAGGCUAGCAUUAGUUCCAGGUUUGGGGCUGAGAACAAGGCCAGUAAUAGGUCCUGGAUCAGAUCUGAGGAGGCGGCCUAUAUGGGUUCCUGUGCAGGGGCUGAGGCUGGACCCAAGGCCAGGAUGGGAUCUUGGUUCUGGGAUGGAGAUACAACCAUUAUAGAGUCUAGGCGUGGGGCUGGGGAAAAGGCUGGUGUAAGGUCCUGGACUUUGACCAGGGAUAUAGAUGAGGAUGAGCUGAGUACAGGGUCCAGCCCUGAUAUUGAGGAGAUCAGUUUAAGGUCCUUGUUUUGGGCUGAGAGUGAGGACAGUAAUGAGUUCAGAUCCAAGAAUAGGAAAGAUGUCAAUUUUGAGUGUGUGGCUAAGGAUAAGGGCAGCAUCAAGGAUAAGCUUGAGACUGCUGGUGAGGUCAAUAUAACAUCUUGGCUAUGGGCUAAUAAUGAAGACAGAAGUGAGGGAAAACCUGGACCUAAGGCUAAAGCUAAAAAUUCAGGUGAGUUGAUAGGCACAUAUCCAUGCAUGGUCCCUGGGGCAGGGAUGGGGUCAUGGGCUGGAGCCAUGAUCUGGACAGAAACAACUUUCCCAUAUCGAAAGGAGUCCUGCUUCCCACCUGAAGAAGAGCUCAGAAAGCAGAUCAGGGCCGGGGAGAAGAUUCAGCCCUGGGCCUGCCGCUGUAAACGCGAAGCUAAUAUGAAUCCUCGAGAGCUUGAAAAACUAAUUUGUAUGAUUGAGAUGACUGAGGAUCCUUCUAUUCAUGAAAUCGCCAAUAAUGCUCUAUAUAAUAGUUCUGAUAAUCCAUAUUCCCAAGAAGAAGCCAUUCGUAAUGUAGGUGGAAUCUCAAUUAUUGAAAGUUUGCUCAAUAAUCCCUACCCCAGUGUUAGGCAGAGGGCUUUAAAUGCACUGAAUAACAUCUCGGUGGCUGCUGAAAAUCAUAGGAAGGUUAAAACGUACCUAAACCAAGUAUGUGAAGACACUGUCACCUAUCCCUUGAAUUCAAGCGUGCAGUUGGCUGGACUAAGACUGAUAAAGCACCUGACUAUUACUAGUGAAUAUCAGCAUAUGGUUACAAAUUAUAUUUCAGAAUUUCUUCGUUUGUUAACAGUGGGAAGUGGAGAAACUAAAGAUCAUAUUUUGAAAAUGCUCGUGAAUUUCUCUAAAAAUCCAUCUAUGAUAAAAGACUUGCUCAUUGCCAAUGCACCACCAACUCUGAUUAACAUCUUUAACAAGAAAGAGACAAAAGAAAAUAUUCUUAAUGCUCUUUCACUAUUUGACAAUAUCAAUUACCAUUUUAAAAAAAGAGCCAAAAUAUUUACCCAGGACAAGUUUGGUAAAAAUUCUCUUUAUUUCCUAUUCCAACGACCUAGAGUAUGGGCCAAGAAACUUCGAGUCUUAGCGACAGAAUAUAAUGACCCUGAAGUGAAAGAAAGAGUGGAGCUGUUAAUAAGCAAACUCUGAUUGGCCAUAUGUUCCCAAAUAAGUUUGGGUAAUAUUUUGGUUUUGCAGCCUGGAAGUAAUGCACAUUGUAAAUUACAUGAUAACUUUGAAACUGAUGUUACCUAUGAUGGUCUGUCGCUGGACCAUUUUAUGAAUGAACGUAUGCAAAAUACACGUUUAUUUUUAUCUUGCCUGGAUUGAGAUAAUUUUAGUAUGCUUCAUGAGCAGAAACUGAACUGACUCUUCAUAAGUAAGGUAAUCUUUGGUCCUUUGUGCGGACUUAUGUUUAUACAUUUGAGACUUUAUUUUUAUGUCAUCAAUAAAGUUGUGUGUUUUAAGUGGCAAAAAAAAAAAAGACCUUAUCCUUGUCUAUGAGUUUAUGAUCUAUUUGGAAAGGUAAUAUACAUGGAAACAAAAAGGUAUUCACAAAACCAGAAGUCUCUGAUCAUAGUCAGAAGCUUCUCAUCAGUGCUUAGAGACUGAAGAAACUGCUGCGGGCAAUAGUGCUCAGGGAAAGUUUCACAGAGAAGGGAGACACAUAA